CCUGCCGGUACGCAGGGCUGUUUGGUGUGGGUUAGGAUGGGGGAUUAAUGUCUGUGCUACUACCAUCACCUUUAAUCCACGCUUAAUAUUUGGGUGUUGGAAGGAGGGGAGGAGCCGCAGAGUCUGACGUAGUCAGCUUAGGUCCGAUAUGCAAUGUGUGCUGUGAGGGGCAUCCACAGGCAGGAUGAGGCAACGGCUUUUGAGCGGAGUUGGUCGGACGUAACGUGGCGUGCGGGCCUCAUCACGUUACCAGCCUUGCUGCGCAUUCCCGUUUGUUAAGUAACUCCGGAUGAGUGGUGAAUGUGGGCGUGUGUGUAGUUCUGGUAAGCCAAGAGAGUGGCAGGAUGUGCGUCCUAGCGGCUGUGCAGUAGACCAUGAGGCCGACGUUCUUCGGAAUGGUGGAAGUGCUAGGUCCAUGUUCUACGGAAAGUUAGGCCGGAGAAAGGAGAUACGAGUGGAUAUGAGGAUUUUUGCAUACAGAUAGGACUUUGCGAUGUACUUUGCUUCCUGGGUCUGCAUCUUCUUAAACCUGGCGUUGCGGCUAGAGAUGUGGGCAUGUGCCUCCGGUCUCUUGUUGGCUGUCGCAAACGCGCAAUCAUGCUUAACAUGCAGUAAGCUGUGUAUUGUGUUUGAUAUUUGAAGUCACCAAUUAUCGAUAGGCGCAAGAAGUCAUCUCAUAUGCCUUGUUAGGUCAACGCGUACGACGACCUUUAGGGCUAGUGUUCCGACAUGCUAACUUUUAUUCUGAUAACGCAGUACAUGUUUGCGAUUUUAGGCGGAGGUCCUCUAUGGCUUUAAAGCACAGCGAGGAUGGAUGGGCUAAGCAGGCCGUGAAGGGGGACGCGAUACGCCGAUAGACUAGUUAGUUAUAUAUGGACACGUUGUUUUAACAAUCUGUGCCAGGUUGGAGAGCUAUGGCUAGCUUCGGCGACGGCUGGCAUGCGCAACCGGAGCCGACUGAAUUAACACGAAGGGAUGCCGAUCCGGCAAAUCAGUUCGCUAAAAUACAGCGUAGGCACUGCGUUGCAGCGCAUCUGAAUCUGCCCGCAUACCUCUUGGGCCCUCGGGUGGCAAAUCAGGCUCAUCAGUUUGGGCGACGGCCCUGCUUAAGAGGCCCUCAUGCACCACUUCUGCAAAAGGCUGCCACUGCUAGGGAAAGAGGAAAUCCUUCAUUCAUGCUGAGCUCGGCGCGCACAUCGCUGCCAACGGGGGUCACAUGUGCAGAAGUAGGAAGCAACGGCGAAAGCAACACUGGUAAUGUUGCAUCCUCAUCUCCACCAAUAUUCGCCAACAGCAGGAACGCGGCAGCGGGCUUUUCAGGCGGUUCCUCGCGGACAUCCGUUGGCCCAACGUUUACCGGUACAUCCCGUCCACAAUCGACAAACCAUGACCCGCCGCGCCAACAGCCUGCCACGACGCCUCCACCAGCCCUUAGCGAGCCUUCAACUCCGCUCAACAAGGCGCCCCUCCCCAGCGCCCAAGGGGACGAGGAGGAGGCGGCCUGGAGCCGGCUCAUCCAGGUGUCCUGCAGGUACUUCUUCGAGGAGGCCGGCUACCAGAGCGCACAAGCCGGCUCCGCAGAGGAGGCCAAACGUGCCCAGGCCAUACGCGCCCUGCGCGGCAAGCUGGCGGCGGCGACAGACGCGCUUGACGUGUACGACAUCGCCGAGCGGCUGACGAGCUGUACGGCUGCUGCUGCUGCGGCGGCGGCGGCUGGCGGGGAUGGCGGCUACGGAGCUGUCGCUAGGUCGGCGGCGGGUUCCGAUUUGGAGGAGCUGCAGCGGUGCACGAUCUUCGGCCCGCUGCUGGCGACUCCGGGGGUCAUCUCAGCCCAGCAGCUGCUCGCCUCGCGGGCGGUGUUGCUGCUGGCAGCGCAGGUGAGACUGGCCAUGCCGCCACCCGGCGAUGUCAGCAGUAGCAGCAGCAGCAAUAGUGCUGCGGCUGCUGCCGCCAGUAGCGGCGGCAGUUGCACUUCCAGCAGCAAUCAUGGCUCAGCUGCCAGGGCGGGUAAGCAGGUUGGGGAGCAGGGCGGUCAGGGAAGCGAGGGGCCGCGAGGGAAGCAUGCGAAGCAGCAGCAGCAGCGGCAGCAGCAGCAACCCAAACCAGCACAGCGGUCGCAGCCGCAGCAGCCACCCCACCAGUCCCGCGGAGCUGAGGAGGGCAGCAGCAAGGAGCGCGACAUCAGCGGCGGCGGCGGCCCUGACGCGUCUGCUGCUGCUGCUAGCGCCAACAGCGGCAGCGACCCGGAGUUCCGGACGUGUCCCCGGCGCAUGUGUCUGGCCGCCUCGCUGGCGCAGUCGGUGCUGUUGCGGUGCGGUGCGGGUGCGCUGCUGGUGCGGGAGCUGCAGGCGCUGGCGUACAUGGUGGCGCACAUGCAGUGCGCCGCGCUGUCCCGCCGCUCCGCCCCCUUUGAGGGCGCCCUCGACCCGCUCGCCUCCCUCACCACACCCGACCGCCUCACACGCCUCGUCCGCACCUUGUCAGCCCGCUCCGCCUCCUACCUCGGCCUCACCAACCUUGCAAGCCUGCACGUCGCGGCGCUCAGGCCCGCCAUCUCAUCUACAACCAGAAUGCGUGGCGACAUUGCCCCUGCCGUACAAAGCAGCAGCAGCAACGCCGGCGUUACCGGUACUAAUGACCCAUGGGUCAAUCUGCGACAAGCGUACCGGCAGAAUUUUGAGACCAUGUGCGCCACGCUUAAGGAUCCGGUGCCCGAUGAAAAGCUGUGCGCGAUUGAGGAGGUGUUGUUCGGGAGGGCAGGAGGGAGG